AUAACAUUGGUUUACAACAAUGGAAACGACCGUCAAACUAGCCAAGGCUGCAUUUCGCAAGCAGAUGCGAGCAACACUCAAGACAGUUCCUUUUGAAUCCAUUGAACAACAAUCCAAAGCUGUGACUGGCAAGCUACUAGCUACUCCCGAGUAUCAGCGCAGCAGCAAGAUUGCACUGUUUUUGAGCAUGAAGGGCGAGGUUGAUACUACUCAGAUCCUUCGAGAUGUCCUUGAAUCUGGAAAGCAAUGCUUUAUUCCAAUGUGCAAUCCAGAAGCCAUGGAAAUGGUAUUGCUCAAAUCAUGGGAUGAUUUUGAGAAACUGCCACGAAACAGCUGGGGAAUUCCUGAACCGCAACCUCAAGAUGGCAGACUCAAUGCGCUAGAUCCUUCAGUCGGCGGGUUAGAUUUGAUCAUUAUGCCAGGUCUAGCGUUUGAUCACUCUGGAAAUCGGAUUGGAUAUGGCAAAGGUUACUAUGACAAGUUUUUAGCAAAGUGUUUUACUGUGGCUACAGAAAAGAGCUACCAGCGACCCAGUACAAUUGCAAUUGCCUUACGAGAGCAGUAUGUGCCCAGUGUUCCAGCUGGACCACAAGAUUUAAAGCCAGAUCAGAUUAUUAUGUCAUUGUAA